GGAAAUAAUUAUACAUGUAUGUACACUUGAGAAAAGAACAAAAACUACUGUUUGACCAAAAAUUCAAGUCAACAACUGUGUUUUAAUAAUGAAAUGUUCCUCAACGAUAAAAAAAAAAAAUGAGUAUUUAUGUUGCCAACUUGAUCGCGUGGCUUAAUGAUAAUGUGGGCGGGAUUAGGGCAUGUGUCGCUGCUCCCAUGUUAAUCAAUGGAAGUCUGACUUCCGCCUCGACGAAAUAAUCACCUUUCCCACUGAUGUAAAAAAUCCACAGCCAGACUACGUGGAUGAUUAUGCGUAUGACGAACGGAGUGACGUAGGAGCGGGUACCAGGAAUAAUUAAACACCUGUUAUUAUCUACGCUGUACGUACAUGUACAUGUACAUGAGUGUUGUGUAUGUAUCAUGCAUAUGGCAUAUUAACGCUACAGAAACGAAACAGACUUUACGAAAGGAGUACCUCUUUUUGGAUUUAUUUUAUUCAAACGGUGCAGUUUUAAUUAAUUCUAAGAUGGCGUCCGCAGGAGUUGACAACAGAUCGUGGCAAAAAGACGCCGCCGACCAGAACUUCGACUACAUGUUCAAAUUGCUGAUCAUCGGCAACAGCAGCGUAGGCAAGACAUCGUUUCUCUUCCGGUACGCCGACGAUUCCUUCACGUCGGCGUUCGUCAGUACGGUGGGCAUCGACUUCAAAGUCAAGACAGUCUUCAGAUCAGAUAAGAGGGUCAAACUUCAAAUAUGGGACACAGCGGGACAGGAAAGAUACCGAACCAUCACAACAGCAUACUACAGAGGUGCCAUGGGCUUCAUCCUAAUGUACGACGUCACAAAUGAGGAGUCGUUUCAGAGCGUUCAGGAUUGGUGUACGCAAAUCAAGACGUACUCGUGGGACAACGCGCAAGUCAUCCUGGUGGGCAACAAAUGCGACAUGGAGGACGAGAGAGUCAUCGCCACCGAUAAAGGGAAAUCGUUGGCCGACCAACUCGGGUUGGAAUUCUUUGAGACGAGUGCCAAGGAGAACAUCAACGUCAAGCAGACGUUUGAGCGACUGGUAGAUAUCAUCUGCGACAAGAUGUCGGAGAGCAUCGACACGGAUCAGAGCAUGCGACCGGCCACCACCAUCACGCCCACGGAUCCCGGCCAGGCCCCCUCCAAUACGUCCUGCGGCUGCUGAUUGCCUGGUGUCUGGUCGUGGUGUCGGGUAGAGUUCACAACAUGUUCCUUUCUCAGUUCCAUAGAUGCAUCAACCCAGACUUCAGAUUUUCACCCGAAGAAAUGACAAAAUAAACAACGCAGCCAACAACGUGAACUGAUGGAAACGCAAGCCUCUUACCCUAAGCUAUUUAUCCUCGCUGCACGCUCCGUGCAUACAGUAAGUACAGAUCCGUCUUGCCGCCAGCAAUGUCACUGCAUUGGACAUCAAAAGGGGCAGUGCGCAGAGAAACCGUAAGAUUUUUUUCUCCUUUGGGUUGUCAACAAAAAGGAGACCUGUCUCGGAAAAACAAAUGCAAUUUGAUAUCUUCUUGGCCCUUGUGUCAACAAAUCAUGUUUUAUUUUUGCGAGGGGGAAGGAGAAAAAAAGGCAAAACGUUGGAUGUAAUUGUGCGUCUGGCAAAUCUAAUCAGUGCACAACUGUAAUAUGAAAACUAAAUUAAAUUUUUAAUCACAGAAUGUGGAAGGACAUAUUUUUAAUGGAAUUUGUGUUAUUUAUUUAGGAUGUAAUUAAGUUAUUUGUUCUGUCCUUCGUGUACACGUCGAAUAUUGGGAGUUGCCGAGAUGUUCAAUUACUCCAGAAAUGUUUUGCCUUUUUUUCCCCUCUGCACGUUGGGAAGGUCUGACAGAAAUCAUUUUUGAUGUAAAAAAAAAUCUUUUUAAAUCAGACGAAAAUGCUAGACAAGUCUGAGACAUCCCAAAAAUUGGGAAAAUGUCAAAACUUGUGAUUUUACUGAAGAUUUCUGAUUUUCAUGUCUGCCUCUGCUACCCAAUUCAGAAACAAGAUAUUGUUUUCUAAAAAAAAAAAGAGGUGAUGCAUUUGGAGGUUGAUUUUUAAGUCGUGUAUUUGAAGUCAAUUUUGGGAAUUCCACAGGUCUCCUAUUUGCAGUCAUUUUGCCAAAAAAAAAAUUGUUUAGCCAAAUUUUUCCGGGUUUCUUCUUGUGAAGAUACAAAUCUGUUAGACAUCUCAAAGUUUUCUGGUUAUUCGGUUUUGCUAAUGAGAAUAACAACACUGUGGAGAAAGUUCAUUAUUCAUGCAGUUUACACCGUUGGCUGUUGCUAUGAAGAAGCACCUGAUUAAAAUUGAAAAAUAUUUAAAAUUUUUAAUUGAAAAAAAAAAAAAAAA